AUUUGCUUCACACCGCUGAGUGACCGACUCCAGCCAGUACUUAACUUACAAUGCAGUAAAUGUUUGUAUCCCAUGUCCGUGUAUGUGAACGUGGGGCACCGGUAAUUUAGCGUACAUGUCUGACACCGGGGAGGAGUGGCAGGUUGCCCGGCGACGAAAAGGCGCAGCGCGGAAAUCAAAAUCUCCUCAAGUGCCUUUGAAUUCAACAUGCUGCCAGGAUCAGCUGGACAUCGCGAAAACUAUUAAACGAAUAAGAGACACAGUGUCUGAGCUAAGAUGCGAGGAGUUUUGGCAAGAGUGGAAAAAUCAGCUGCUGGUGGCAGGAUCAGCAUCCUUCUCAAAAGCUCCAGAGAACCAAACCACAGAGGACCCCACUGACCAGCUGGGGAGCAGCAGAGAUGGCAGACUGUGUCAGCAGCUGGUGUGUGUGUGUUAUGGCCUUGGCUCCUUCUCCUCCUGUGUCUCUGCUCGUUACCAGCUUGCAAUGUUGCUGCUGCUGCUGGAUGCAGGACAGAUCUCACUGGAGGACUGCUCUGUUUACGACCCGGCAUUCUCCUCUGGAGAGAGGGAUGUCUUGAGAGAGCUGGGUCUGAACGUACUCACAGAAAAUGAGGAGGGGAAGCGUCUGGUGACUAAGCCCACACUCUUUUACCUGAUGCAUUGUGGGAAGGCCCUGUACAACAACCUCCUAUGGAAGAACUGGAGUACACAAUGUCUACCUCAGAUGAUAAUCAUUGGAAACAGCUUUAAUGGCAUAAGGGACAGAACAAUCGAGAGAGAGUUCCAGCGGGACUACGGCUACAUCGCUCAGGCUGUGCCUGCGUGUGAGGAGAGACAGCUGCCGUGUCCGUCCCGUCUGAUUGAUGUCUUCAGUGACACAGCAGUUAUCACCUUUCCAACCAGCAGCCUUAACAGACUCCCACAGUCCAUUUGGGCAGAGCCACCUGAACCACAGUACCAACACUGCCCUGAUUUGGAGAUUAUUCUGAGGGAAACACGGAGCUGAGGCAGGAGAUCAACAAGAAAUGGACAUGCUGUAUGGUUUUUUUAUAGGCAGUUUUUUAAUAAAUGAAUCAUGCUUUAAACUGAGAACUGAAUCUUGCAACAUUGUCAUAUCAAACUAGUCAUACAUGUUGAAACAGCAGCAGAUAAUGAAACAUUUUUAAUAAUGGAUAUCCACACAAAUGUUUGGCAGCUUAGACGUCUUCUCUGGACCGUAUGGGAGUGCAAUGACCCACUUGGUUGACAUCUUUGUGACUCUGUGAGUUUUGUUGCACCUGUUUUGGGUGAACACCUCUAUCAUUUUCCUUAGUACACAGAAUUUAAUGACCUUAGCAUAUUCCCAGUAUAGCUCUCCUCAACUUUCUGAGUAUCAGUGUUUUAUUUGCUGCUAUUUCCAGAGUGUGGUUCCACUUCCACUUUCUCAUGUGAAGACAGGAACAUCUGAAUUUCACACUAAAGAUGUUAGUUGCAUCUUUAAGCAACAUUUUAUUAGUUAUUAGCUCUGAUACUGACACAGGCUCCCUAAGUUUUCUUUACAAAUAUGGCAUUUUGAAGGGUUUGUGAAAAAAAGUAAUGGGGGUACUGGUCUGUUUAGCAACCUGGACCAGUUCCUAACACCACAUGAUGACCUUCUUUUGUGUUUUUGCUGAUCUUGUGGUUUAUUUCUCACCUUGCUGCAGGGAUGUUUAGGUUUACUCCAGGACAACAUGACAUCACUGUUGGGUACGGUUACAGGUAAAUCAAAGCACAUUUCUGACCACACCCUUCAGUGAUUUUGGGUGCGGCUUGGUGUGGCUCCCUUUUGCUUAGCAUGAGCCUUUCUGAAUACCCAACACUUUUUCAUUGUGGGAACUUACCUGUUUUUGAAAUGAUGUGUUCCUUUUUCGGGAAAAAAACCCUGCUGUAAUAAUGUAGCUUUUAUGUGGGGAAAAAAGUUGUUUCUUAAGCAAGUUACGUGGCUGUGCAGACUGAUUGCUACAGAUUAACUUUUUACCAUGAACUAUAUCAGCUGCUGUCUGGAAGAUAAAAACAAACUAGUAUUACCACAUUGCAGUUGUAUGCUUCCGCACACCAGUCAAGUUGCAGCUUACAUCUAUGUCUGUCCAGACUCGUGUGUAGCCAUGACAGUUUACAGUGCUUAAAAUGUGGAUGUUGCUGCAAAGACAGAAAUCCAAAACAUGGAUUAUUCACACACAUCUUGCCCCUGGCAGCUUAGAAGAUCUAUGCAAUCAGCACAGUGUCAAGAGUAGUGUCACCAAUUUAGCAUCUGACCAAAUGUCUCCCCUUUUGUUCCUGAGUUAUAAUAAUGGAUAUUAAAGUGUG